UGACGCAAAACGCCGCUGACCAAUCGCAGCUUGCGAUCCAGUCCCGCAACAGGCUCCCGCCAAUUCUGAGCGGGGAACGCGAGGGAGUCCGACCGGGGAAGAGACGGGAACGACGGGACCGGGAUUACACACGAAAAAAACACAAUUUACAACUCUAAAACUAACAGAAACCCAGCUAAUUCGCCGUUGACACGUUAAUGUUAUACCUGGAAAAGACGUGGAGUCGAUGACUAGCCUCAAGGAGUUGUGUACGAAGUCCAAAAAAGCGCUCCCCGUUUCCGUUUAACGUUUCCAGCGCGAGGACAGCGCGAGCGCGGAUGGUGGUCGUGAUGCUCGCGGCCGAAGAGCCUUUGGCCUCCACACCACGAAGAGGCAUGGAUUGUGUGGGCAAAGCUAACGCCAGCAAGAAGCUUGUUCAAGCACGUCUACCUUUCAAAAGGCUCAACCCAGAACCCAAGGAAUGCAAUGAGCCCAAAAGAACCAAAGGUCCGGUUGCCCCCAAGUCUUCUGAACCCAGUGCGUCAGAUGGAGAAAAUGAUAUGGACAACUCCUCCACCCCACUGCAUCACGGCCCAGCUCUGGUAAAUGGCCGCGGACCACUUGAUUGCUUCAUGAGCAGGCAGAAGCGUUCCCCGGUCCGCUCUGGCCCUGAAGCCACAAUCGACCUAACUGAAGACUCAAAUGAUGCUGUCAAACAGCAGCCUGCACCUCCAGUUGCUACCACCUGCCCCCUUAGUGAAGAAACAAUAAAGAAUGCAGAACAUGCCACAAAAUCUACAGAACCAACGGUGCCACUGACAAAUAAAGAGACGGAGAAGGACGAAGACGCCCUGGACAUCACUCGGGAUUCUGACACUGAGGAAGAGGAGCAGCAGGAGGAGACUGAAGUCAGUCACGGGAGUGAGUCUGUGCUGUCGACCGGCUCUACCAGCUCCCUCUCAGUGGUAGAGAGCUCACCAGAGCCCAGCAAGAGCGCUCCCACCACCCCUGCCUCUGCGUCACAGAUUGAUGCAGCUAGUAAAAUGAAGAGAAGACCCCUUAAGAGUGUCCAAGAGCAGGAAGAGAAGCGGCGACAAAAGGAAGAGAAAGAGCGCCAGAAAGAGGAGGCCAAAGCUGCCAAGGAGAGGAAGAAAGAGGAGGCCCGCAAACUAAAGGAAGAGAAGGAGAGGGAGAAGAAAGAAAAGAAGGAGAAAGAUGAAAAAGAGCGGCGGGAGAAAAAGGAGAGGGAGGAGAAAGAAAAGGCAGAGAAACUAAGAGCUAAAGAAGAGCAGCGGCAAAUGAAAAUUGAAGCCAAACUGGAAGAGAAAAGGAAGAAAGAGGAGGAAAAACGGUUGAAGGAAGAGAAAGAACGAAUCAAAGCUGAGAAGGCUGAGAUUACUCGGUUUCUACAGAAGGCCAAGACACAGUUGGCACCAAAGAUUCUGGCGUCUGCCUGUGGGAAGUUUGCUCCUUUUGAGAUUAAAGCGAACAUGUCUCUAGCUCCACUGACUCGAGUACAGUGUGAAGACGCUGUUCUAGAGGAACUGGACCGUUAUCUUGCCCAACCUGACAGCACUCUAGAUGGACUGAAGGACUGGACUAGGCACAAACCUCGCAGUUCAGGCCCAACCAGGCCCAGUCACAGUGCAGUAAGAGAUUGUGUGGUCAUAACUGACAGCCAGAAGGCAGAUGGCGUCCCAGACCGUCACCGUUAUGGUCGCAUGAAACUCCUGCAGUUCCAUGACAACUAUCGUCCAGCUUACUGGGGGACCUGGUGCAAAAAGAGCACUCACAUCUCUUCACGCUGCCCACUUAGACAGGACAAGGAGUUGCUGGAUUAUGAGGUGGACAGUGAUGAAGAGUGGGAGGAAGAGGAGCCAGGAGAGUCUCUGUCACACAGUGAGGGGGAUGAUGACGAUGAAGGAGGAGAUGAUGACGACGAUGAUGAUGGGUUCUUUGUGCCCCACGGUUAUCUGUCUGAAGGGGAAGGAGCACUUGAGGAAGACGAGGAGGGUGGAGAUCCAGAGAAGCAGAAGGUGCGUCAGAGGAUGAAAGCUCGUGAAUGGGAGAAUGAGCUGAUGUCUAAAGGGAAGGUGAAGGUGUUGGAGAGAGUGGUGCGUGGCUGCCUGUGGGAUGGGGAAGGGCCUGCACCAGACCUGCUGCAACCGUACGCUAUCUGCAUGCUUGAGCCUUUACACAGAGAUGAGUCCUGUACCCCUGAACAGGACCUCUCACGCAAACAGAGGAACAAGAAACUGCUGUCACAGCUGCUGCCCUUGCUGCAUGGGAAUGUGAACAGCAGUAAGGUCAUAAUCAACGAGUUCCUGGAGUUCUGUCGCCAGCAAACAUCCUCACCCACAGAAAGCCCUAUGAGUUUUACUGACAACGUCCCAGCCAGGAUCCACGUCAGGCGUAUCAUAAAGGAGCACGCCGUGUACAAAAAGCGCUCCACUUACAGACGAUGCUGCUGGUACGUGCAUCCGGAAGUUCUGGCCCAUCAUUCUCAGGAGGCCUUGCCCGUUCCCUGCCAGUGGACCUACCUCACCUCCGGCGCUCAGAUCACCCGCGACGAGCACACCGGCUCACAGGGAAACUCGCCCACCAUGUCCAGCUCCUCCACACCCUCCAACAAGAGGAAAAGCGCCAGCAGCCACUCCAUCACGAAGUACAUGAAGAAAUGUGGCGACUCCGAACAGACUGAGGCCAUGGAGACCGAUGGCUUCCAAGCGGACACUGAAGAUGAUGAAGACGAUGAUUGCAUCAUCAUUGGGGAACAAUCUGGAUCCUCUGAACAGGAUGCAAACACAUCCUUGCAACAAACCGAGGGAGAAACAGAGGCCAUGGACACGAAUGCAUCCGAAACUGCUGCUCUUGCCCUACCCUGCCUCACCCCAGCCACCGCCUGAGAUCUGACCCCUUCCUGUUGGGUUUGCAUGCAUGUGAACCAGACGCUCAAAAUCUGAUCUACAGUUCGAAGGAUCACACAGUAUUAAAGGUCCCCAGAAUGAAUCAUUUGUCUCCUCUUCUUUAAGUGGAGGUCUCUUAGAUGAUGUACCAUUCUUCUUCAUCGGUGAGGUCCUUUUUGAAAGCUCUGCUGGUACAUUCAUCAGCUCUGACACCAAUCAGGCUGAUGCUCUCUGCUGGGCUCAGUGCUCGGCACCUUGUUUUAAAUCCUUUAUUUUUUUUUCCAUUCAGAAUACUUGAACUGGUGGUGUAUGUCUUUCAAAAAUAAUGACAAUUGAAAUAUAUUGCACUUUUAUAUUCCAUUUCUGUUUCUUUCUUUCUUCCACCCCCAUCGUAACUUCUUUAGUCGACCAGAAGUCUUUCCCUUGUUUUCUUUUCCAAGAAGCUUUGUAUAAAAACAGCAUUGCAUUGCCCAGGCUGCCAUACGCGGUGUAAAUACUAUUUUUGCUUUUUUUGAAAAAUGGUGUAGAAACUGAAAUAGUAGGUGGCCGUCCAAUAUGGGGAAAAAACAGCAGCAUUGGCGUUUCUUUUGGCAAAGUGUUUUCUUAAUUGUCUCGAAUAAACUGCGCCGUAGUUUGCAGUUGUAAUGGGUUUCCUACAAAGCUUGUUUAAAUAAAGCAUUAUUUAAAAAUGAACAACUUUUAAUAUGCUGUUAACAGCGUU